UGUAUCUACCCCGCUUAUUUAAAUAAUAAGAAGACCAUAGCUGAGGGGAGGCGGAUCCCCAUUAAUAAGAUCCUUAAAAUGUGAGAUUUGUUGAUAGUCUUACCAGAAAUGUUUGCAUGUUUUGACGCUCAGGAAUGAAUGCAAAGCCUCAAGUAGGCCAAGCAAGUUCCCUGUCACUAAGCGACACCCCAGCCCCUGCCGUGUAGUUUAAGUGCUCCAAGCAAGAGUUUCUUAGCAGGAGCACCGUUGACAGCGUUUGCUUCUUUUAAAGGCUGUAGAAAACCCCACGGCUACUGAGAUUCAGGAUGUAUGUUCAGCAGUUGGACUGAAUGCGUUUCUGGAGAAAAACAAAAUGUACUCCAGAGAAUGGAAUCGUGAUGUUCAGUAUAGAGGCAGAGUUCGGGUACAGCUCAAACAGGAAGAUGGCAGCCUCUGUCUUGUACAGUUCCCAUCACGUAAGUCGGUGAUGCUGUACGUAGCAGAAAUGAUACCCAAGCUAAAAACAAGGACUCAGAAGUCAGGAGGUGCUGACCCAAGUCUUCAGCAGGGAGAGGGGAGUAAGAAAGGGAAAGGAAAGAAGAAGAAAUGAUGUGGCGUGAACAUACAGUGUGCAGUUCUGCUGGGAGAGACGUGGCAUCUUUGCGUGUGAGGGAACAGCUUUUUGUUGUGUUGUUUAACUGAGCUGCGAACGUGUGUCUCCCAUCUUCAACAGUUAACAAUGAAGUCAGUUUACAUCACAAGUUUGCAUCCAGCUUUUAGAUGUAAAAAGAAAAAUUGUGUGUGUGGAAGAAAGAAUAUUUUUAACAGAUAAUGACUGUCCCAUAAGUUACUUGAAAUAUCUAUCUGUUUGUCCUCCGUGUAAACAUAUUUCAGAUAUAUAUGUUUAAUAAAGUUUGGAAUACACAUUUUGUUCACCUUUAAGUUAAUGAAAUAAAAGAUUUAAACUGA